AUGAGAUCCCYAUCCACAAGACUGUAUAACGCCAUAGAGAUCUUGAUAAAUGCAUUCAAGAAGACGACAGCAUCAACUCCAGCGGCGGAAGUCUGCCCUGCCUCCGAGAAGCUGCGCGAACCGGUGUACAUCUGCGGCGUCGACGCCUCCGGAGAAGAGCGAUACUACCCCGUAGUACUCAUCGAAGACAAUGCCAUCAAGAGAAGGCUCUCGAUCGAUGAGAUGAGCCUGGAGGGUUGA